AUGGCGGGCGCGGCGCUGCUUCGCGGGCUCCUCUGGGCGCUCUGCGCGGGCGCCAUAAGCGCCUCGGAAAUUGAGGGCCGCCUGCUGGAGAAACUCUCCCAGAACUACUCCAAGACCGUCCUUCCGAUUCGCCGUGUCGCCGACAAAGUCCCCGUCCGGAUCGGCAUGUCCCUGUCCCAGCUCAUCAGCCUGAAUGAAAAAGAUGAAGAACUGACCACAAAGGUUUAUAUGGAUCUGGAGUGGAUCGACUACCGCCUGACGUGGGACCCUGCCGACUUCGACGGCAUCACCUCCAUCAGGAUUUUCUCCGAUGAGGUGUGGCGCCCGGAUAUCUUCCUCAUGAACAACAACGACGGCGUCUUUGACAUCGCCCUGAAAGUGAACGUCCUGGUCAGCCACGACGGGUCCGUCCGGUGGCAGCCGCCGGCCGUUUAUCGGAGCAGCUGCAGCAUCCAGGUGACCUACUUCCCGUUUGACUGGCAAAACUGCACGAUGGUCUUUCGCUCGUACACGUACGACGCCUCGGAGGUGACGCUGCUGCACCCGCUCGGCAAGGACGGGAAGGAGCGCAAGGAGGUCGUCAUCUACAAGAACACGUUCAUCGACAACGGGCAGUGGGAGAUCUGGCACAAGCCGUCCCGGAAGAACACGCUGCCCGGGGAUCCGCUGUACGAGGACAUCACCUUCUACCUCAUCAUCCGCCGCAAGCCGCUCUUCUACCUCAUCAACGUUGUCAUCCCCUGCGUCCUGAUCACCGUCCUGGCCAUCUUCGUCUUCUACCUGCCCCCGGACGCUGGCGAGAAGAUGACGCUCUCCAUCUUCGCGCUGCUCACCCUCACCGUCUUCCUGCUCCUGCUGGCCGACAAGGUGCCCGAGACGUCCCUGGCCGUGCCCAUCAUCGUCAAGUACCUCAUGUUUACCAUGGUCCUCGUCACCUUCGCGGUCAUCCUCAGUGUGGUGGACCUCAACCUGCACCACCGCUCGCCCACCACCCACGAAAUGCCCUUCUGGGUGAGGCAGAUUUUCAUCCACAAGCUCCCUCGGUAUCUGGGUCUGCGGCGCCCAAAGCCAGAACCCCUCCCCAAACCCGCCCCCUCACACAUGAAACAAGAAAUCACCGUGAAGAGGGGCCACCGUGCCGACCAGUAUUUCAUCCGUACCCCUGCCUACAACUUCCCCAAUCCCGACAGGUUCCACCUGGAGAUGUUCUCCACGGACAUGAGGAGGUUCAUCGACGGCCCGAGCCACUGCCUUGUCCUCCCCCCGAACCUGAAAUCCGCUGUCGAUGCCAUCACGUACAUCGCUGAGCACCUGCAGGAGCAGGAGGACUACGACGCGCUGAAGGAGGACUGGGAAUACGUGGCCAUUGUCGUGGACCGCCUCUUCUUCUGGACUUUUAUCAUCUUCACCUCUCUCGGCACCCUCAGCAUCUUCCUGGACGCCACGUACAACCUGCCCCCCAACCAGCCGUUCCCAUGAGCUCCCCGCCGGCUGCCCCCUUCUCCGCAAGGG